GACAGCCCGGCCGGCGUAGGACCCCGGUCCUCUUCCGCGGCGGCGGCGGCGGCGGCGGCGGCGCUGGGCUCUGGGCUCGGCGCGGCCCAAGAUGUCGACCAAGAAUUUCCGAGUGAGCGACGGGGACUGGAUCUGCCCCGACAAGAAGUGUGGGAAUGUUAACUUUGCUAGAAGAACCAGCUGUAACAGAUGUGGAAGAGAAAAAACGACAGAAGCCAAAAUGAUGAAAGCUGGAGGGACUGAAAUAGGAAAGACACUUGCUGAAAAGAGUCGUGGCCUCUUCAGUGCUAACGACUGGCAGUGUAAAACAUGUGGUAACGUGAACUGGGCCAGAAGAUCAGAAUGUAAUAUGUGUAAUACUCCAAAGUAUGCUAAAUUGGAGGAAAGGACAGGAUACGGAGGAGGAUUUAAUGAACGAGAGAAUGUUGAAUAUAUAGAACGUGAAGAAUCAGAUGGGGAGUAUGAUGAGUUUGGUCGCAAAAAGAAAAAGUACAGAGGGAAGCCGGUUGGUCCUGCAUCUAUCCUGAAGGAAGUAGAAGAUAAGGAAUCUGAAGGGGAAGAUGAGGAGGAUGAGGAUGAAGAUCUCUCUAAAUAUAAAUUGGAUGAGGAUGAGGAUGAAGACGAUGCUGACCUUUCAAAAUAUAAUCUUGACGCCAGUGAAGAAGAGGACACUAAUAAGAAAAAGAAAUCCAAUAGGCGCAGUCGUUCUAAGUCUCGAUCUUCCCACUCACGAUCUUCAUCGCGCUCAUCCUCUCAUUCAAGCUCAAGGUCUAGGUCCAGGUCCCAUUCAAGAAGUUCUUCCAGUUCCAGAUCAAGAUCUCGUUCCAGUUCCAGAGAACACUCUAGAUCUCGUGGGUCGAAAUCAAGAUCCAGCUCCAGGUCCUACAGGGGGUCUUCCACCCCAAGAAAAAGAUCUUACUCAAGCUCUCGUUCAUCAUCUUCCCCUGAGAGAAGCAAGAAGCGAAGUCGUUCUAGAUCUUCUUCAUCUGGUGAUCGCAAAAAAAGACGAUCGAGAUCACGGUCACCCGAAAGACGCCGCAGAUCGUCAUCUGGAUCUUCCCAUUCUGGUUCCCGUACAAGUUCUAAAAAGAAAUAAUGUAUUAAAUCUCACAUUUAAAAAAAAAAAAAAAAAAAAAAAAAAUUCCAGUCAGUGCAUGAGACAUUUUUAAGAAGUUGGUGUCUUACUUGGUCAGAAGUGCUAAAUCUGCUAGUAGAGAUGCAUGUCUGUCCUUGCUUUCUGGAAAACUGCAGCUUUGUUCAUUCAUGAAACAAAAAGUGAGGUAGCAUUUUAAGCCAUAAACUCCCUAGAGCAGGUGUGAAGUUUUAUUAUUUGAGUAAGGGGCAGGUUUAUUUUUAAAGACUCAGUUACUCGAUUCCUGGCUCUCUUACAUGUAUGAGGCAGGUUGGAUAUGUUCUAAUACAACUCUGCUCUUCGUGUGACAAUUACGAAGCAGUAUCUGAGGAAUAGAGGAAAAACCCAUGAGCUUUCUGCAUCCAACGCCUGAGCUUGUUUGAUGUAGCUCGUAUGGGACCACAAAAGAUUAGCGUAGCUGUAGGGCUGGUGUUACCCAUUGGAUGACAGUAGUGAGUACUUAGGUCUAAUUAUUUUUUUGUUUUUCUGUGUUGAAGUAAAAGUAUAGAUGGAUGCCCCUCUCUUUAGCUAUGCUCAGUGCAAAAUAGCUGUUAAAUACCCAGUCCAUCAUAUGAUUUGGUAGAGAGUGAAUUAGACUUCAUUCCGUCGAAGCGAGGACGUUUGAGACAUUGGGCGCUAUCCUCUCCAUUGCUCGAGUCUCAUAGCUGCCAGUGCCUGUCACUAGAAAUUAUUUGCUGCAGUCAGCAAAGUGCCCUUUCUGCAGUGGGUACUGGCUAUGGUAUUUUCACAUGCAUGGAACCGGGACUCUGCGAUCCUUUCUUGCAAAAGGAUCAUUUAGGAACUACUCUCGAGAUGGAGGAAUAUGGAACUAGCUUCUCGGAAUCAAGUGAAGCUUCUGCAGGCCAUCUGUAAAAUUCAUUUUGGGCUGACUAAAAUUUUCAAGGUAUCUGAAUUUUAUUUAUAUUUAAAAAUGAGAAUUAAUAAACUCUGUAGAAAGUUCUGACAUCUUAAAUGUGUUCUUGAUCAGUCAUUCUUUUUCCCUUAAAUAUAAUUUAUGGCUUAAAAUGCUUUAUUGAAUCUAUUUUACUAGCAAUAUCACAUUAAAACUUGGUCUCUCUUGAGCUCCGUUUGGUUAAGAAAAGUUUAAGUAUCUUCAGUGCCAUGACAAGGUAAGUAUGUUAAGGAAAAUUCUUCUUUUUAAGCAAGUAAACAGCAAUAUAUCUGCAUUUAUUUCAGUAAUAAAACUUCCAAGCCCAUAUUUGACCACUUUCUUUAAAUGAACUGCACAAAAACAAACGGAGCAAAAUUUAAAAACUACAUUCUGCUUUCUUUUUAUUUUUUUUAAGACACUUCUUUUGGACUGGUAUAUAAGCAAAAUGUUUUUGUUGUAGAAAUAUUUUGAUAAUCUUUUUGCAGAAAAAAAUGCUCUGCAGUUUCUUCUUUAAUGCUUUCUUUUAUAUCUAAUUUCAAUGCUAAAUGUGUGUAGAUUGCACAAGAGCAGGUUAGUCUUGUAACUGUGCCUCUGACGACUUCAAAGUCCAACUACUAAAUUGUAAAGAUCAGAUCAAAUAGAUGCUAUGUUGUUAGCCUUUGGGUUUUUUCUUGUGCUUUGUAUUAAAAUUGUUGCUGUACUUAACAGAUGAAAGUUUUUAAAUUUAGCAAAUGAUAGGCUACAGACAAAGGAAAAUUAUGGUUUCUUUUGGCUUAGAUAAAAUGUAAGGCAAAAUGAUUCUGUAGACAAGUGUAAAUAAAACCUGUGAGUCAA